AUGGCGGAGCGGAAGGAAAAGAAAAUGCGAAAAAUUGAAGCUGCAAGGAGAAAUGUCAUGGCCGCAGUGGAUCGCAUCGAGGAUUUCGUGAUGAAUUAUGAUCCUCAGCAACAUUUUGGUGAAGUGAAGCUUCGAUUGGACCGAUUGGAGCAUUACAUGGAGACUUUCGAAACGCUUGAAAUCGAAUUUGCAGAAUUAGACGACGCGGAUGAAUUCGCCAAUAUUAAUUUGGACAUGCGUGCGAAAUUCGAGGAGCAAUACUUUCGCACCAAAGCAGCUUUAAUGGGGAAAUUGCCAGUGGUAACCGAGCAAUCCUCUUCCAGUUCACGCCCUAGCACACAAUCUGGUUUGACUGGAAUCAAAUUACCAACCAUAAAGUUGCCAGAGUUCAAUAGAAAAUUUGACGACUGGCUAUCAUUCCACGACACAUUUCAAGCGCUCAUUCACACAUCCACGGAGCUAACAUCGGUGCAAAAAAUGCAUUAUCUUCGCGCAGCUCUCGGAGAGGAACCAGCGAAACUUAUAGAGACGCUCUCCGUCACCGCAGAUAAUUACGUCAUUGCAUGGGAACUUCUCUGUAGCCGAUAUUCAAAUAAAUACAUCCUCCGUAAAAAACACAUUCAGGCACUAUUCGAGUGCCCUCGCGUUAAGAAAGAGUCAGCAGCUGAUCUUCGCGUGCUUUUGGAUUGUUUCGAACGGCACAUCAAAGUCUUGCAGCAGCUCGGUGAGCCUGUUCAGCAUUGGAGCUCUAUGCUGGUGGAGCUGAUGAAUUCCCGUUUAGAUGGUAUCACACUAAAGGCUUGGGAAGAUUUCGCUUCUAUGGAGGAAAACCAUACGUACACGAAAAUGGUGGAAUUCUUACAGCGCAAAGCAAGAGUCUUAGAAUCACUAUCGGCGAAUUAUCAGCAUCCCUCCUUCGACAAACAUCAGCAACCGACAAAGAAGCCUGCACAAUCACGGACAGUUUUUCAUGCGACUACUGAAAAAACUUAUCCUGAAUGUAUUGCUUGCUCUCAAAAGCACUCCCUAUUAAAAUGCACCAUCUUCGACAAGAUGCCACUAAAGGACAAACUGGAAUUGGUAAACACAAAAAAGGUGUGUAGCAACUGCUUCAGGAGCGAUCACUUUGCACGUCGCUGCCAGUCGAAAUACAGCUGCAGAGUAUGCAACAAACGUCACCACACAUUGGUACAUCCUGGAUUUGCGCCUUCAUCCCACAGCCAGCAGGAUUCUUCGCCCAAUGAAAAUUCAUUCAGUGUGAUUCCAACAAAUUGUUCGGUUGCCAUGUUUCCACGUGAAAACUUUGAAGUGCCUAUGUUUCAAGUGAAUGAUGCUACACGGAAUGCCACCGUAUUUCUCUCCACUGUGGUUGUUAUUGUGGUGGAUACUUUUGGCAAGGAGCAUCUUGCACGGGCUUUGUUAGAUUGUGCAUCACAAGCCAAUUUAAUGAGCGAGAAACUACGUCAAACCCUGCGCCUGGCGGGGAAGAAGGUCAACAUAGAAAUCUGCGGUGUUGAUAAAGCUACUACGCGUGUGAAGCAUUCUGUUACCACGGAUGUGCGCUCUCGAGUACAUGAGGUGUCAUUGUCAAUCGAUUUUUUGGUGGUGAACAAGGUAACAAGAAAUCUCCCGUCUGCAACUGUUUCCAUCGAACAUUGGGAAAUUCCGAGGAAUCUGGAAUUGGCUGAUCCUGAUUUUAAUAGAAGUUGCGAAGUUGACAUAAUAAUAGGAGCGGAACACUACUAUAAAUUUUUAAAGAAUGGACGAAUUAAUCUUGGGGAUAAACUACCAUCGCUUAUCGAAAGUGAUUUUGGUUGGGUAGUUUCUGGCAUGGCGGACAUCGACACAUCUAAUCCGACUGUCAUCUGCUCUGCUACAACCAUGGAAUCCCUAGAUGAAAAACUGGAACGAUUUUGGCUAAUCGAAGACGUUCAUAGCCCUCGACCAUCACGAAAUAAUCAACAGUGUGAGGAAUUUUAUCAAACUUCAACUACCCGGAACAGUGAAGGACGCUAUAUCGUCCGUUAUCCGAAGCACGAGGAAUUUCAACAAAUGUUUGGUGAGUCUAAAUUCAGUGCUCUUCGACGUUUCGAGUCACUAGAAAGGAAAUUGGAGAAAAAUCCCGAUCUGCGUUUGCAGUAUAAUGCUUUCAUGCAGGAGUACAUAUCGUUAGGGCAUAUGCAAGCAGUUGAAGAGACGGUUGAUGACGCUAGAGCUACUUAUUAUUUGCCACACCACCCUGUUUUCAACGAUAAAAGCAGCACUACAAAGGUCCGUGUUGUUUUCGAUGGUUCGGCAAAAAUGAGCAGUGGACACUCCUUGAAUGAUACCCUCCUCGUUGGCCCAGUAAUUCAGGAUGAGCUCUUAGAUAUUAUACUUCGAUUCCGGAAAUAUCCCGUGGCGUUGGUGGCGGACAUCGAGAAGAUGUACCGCCAAAUACUCAUUUCAUCUGACGAACGCUGUUUGCAACGUAUCCUUUGGCGCUUCGAUUCUUCUGAACCUGCUAGGACAUACGAAUUAAGCACAGUUACAUAUGGUAUUUCAUCAUCUUCGUUUUUGGCAACCAGAACGCUACAUCAGCUGGCCGAGGAUGAGGGAAAGGAGUACCCCCUCGGUAGCCUCGCAAUUUGUAAUGAUUUCUACGUGGAUGACUUCAUUCGAGGAGAAGAUUCGGUAGAAUGGGCGAUUCAACUACGUCACGAGUUGGAUGAAAUCAUGACAAAAGGAGGAUUUCGCUUGCGUAAAUGGUGUUCGAAUUCAACUGAUGUUUUAGCCGGUCUACCUGCAGAACUACUUGCAACACAAGCGCUGUUGAAAUUCGAUCCUGAAAAAACGAUUAAAACGUUAGGUAUUUGCUGGGAGCCUGCCACAGAUCGCUUCCGCUACGACAUAAAUUUGGAGACAGGUAUCAAACCAACGACGAAACGGAAUAUUCUUUCGCGAAUAGCUCAGUUGUAUGAUCCACUCGGACUGAUAGCACCGGUUGUAAUAUUAGCCAAGUCUAGUUCAUCGUGCGAAGAAGAUGAUAAUGUUGACUACCUGCAGCAACAGGACCCUCCUGGAGAUCAAUGA